CGUGAUCACAAACAUCUCCAAGCACGAGCUACGAAGAGACUAAAGAAAAAUCCACAAUAAUCUCAGCACAGUGAUACACCGUACGCCAAACAGUUUGGUCGUGUUUUGUUUUCAGUGACUUGAGAAUAUUUUCAGAAAACUUUUUGUUUUCGCAGACAAUUUGUUUCAUUUAAUUCAAGCAGAAUUAAAACAGAAAAAAUAUUAAAUAAAACAUAAUUGAAAAAAAAUCCCUUCAACCCAUUAUAAACUUGCCAAAACCAGUUCUCAUAAAAUAAAUUAAUCAACAAAACGUCAUUCAAAGCGACGAUAAAAAAUAAGAUUACAGGUUCUUCAGUUAACAAAAGAGUGAGAGAAGAAAAAGAAUUAAGAAAAGCAAUGUGUAGAAUGCUUAAAAGAGCAUCGUUGAUGCAAACUAAAAUGAAUAAUGCAAACAAGUUCUAAUAAUGUCGGAAAUAAAUUGAGUGACAUUUAAAGAAGCAAACAUCAAACAUAUCUUAGUUGUCGUGUACGCAAAACAACAAGAAAACAAAAAAAAAGAGAAAAAAGCAGUGACAUAAGUUUGUUCAUGUUAAAUUGAAGUCAUUCAGCAUUGGAGAGAAUUUAGAAAGUCACAAAACUGAAUUAAACUUAAGAGAGAAAAAAAUAAUUCACAAUGAAGGCCUUCUGGGCCAUUACAUUGUUUUACUACUCGGUUUGUGUGUUCGCCAUCACACCUGUGAGGCCUGGCACCGGUAAUCCAUCACCUCGUCUUCCACGAACAAGUGCCAGUCAAUAUCCAAAAAAUGCAACAUCAAGGAGCUCCACUUCCAAACCGACUUUUCGUACGAGAGAACAGCAACUGCUAUCAGUAUUUGAAGCAGUCAUCUCAACGCUUGAGGGCAAACUUCAACGUAUUGACAAUCUUGAUAAAGCAGUUGAGCAUAUGAUGAGACGUGUCGAGUCGUUAGAUCACAAGAUUGGUGACAAUAUUGUCAAGACAGAUGCGAUCAUGUCGAGAUUAGGUGAUCUCAACACAAAGAUCACUGGCGAUGAUGCUUUAGUUCGAGAAAAAUUCACCAGAUCAUCAUCGUUGUCGUUGAGCAACAAGCUAUCAGCUCUAGAUCAGAAAGUCAGUGACAUUGACAUAAAAUUGGUUAAAUUAAAGAACCACAUUGACAACAACUUUUUACCCGCUGACGACAUCAAUGCUGAAGCAAGCGAAAAAAAGCCAAUUCAUAUGAAUGUUGCUGCAGAGAUUACACGUGCUAUGAAUAACGAAGUGAUGAGCCAUGUAACAAAAGAUUUAGAUCAAUUACGAAAAACUACCGAAGCGAUUGAUAAGAAAUUACAAUUUCAUGUUAAUUUAGUGUCACAAAAUGUUGGCAAAAUGUUGAAUUUAGUUCAAGAUGUGCAUGAAGCUGUUGUUGAACAAAAUGCUGAUUACACAGUCAAUGCGACAUCAACAACAAUACCGCCAUAUACAAAGUCAAGUAAGAUCGAUUCAUUGGUCCAUCAAGUUAAGCCGAUAUUGUCAGUUUCUGAGAAAAUGGAUGAAGUUUGGAAUGUUGUCGUUGGAACAAAAAGUUCAAUUGACGAUUUAUUACCGAAGUCAGACAAAUUGUUGACACAAACACAACGACAAGAACGUGCCAUUGGUCAAAUUCAUCAAGAUCUACGAACUAAAACGAAUUUGAUUAUUGAGAACUUAGAUAUGGUUGAGAAGCGUCUUAAGAAACAAGAAGAUGAUGUGACAAUUUUAUCUCAACAGCCUGUCCCAGCUGAUUUGUUGAUUGAUCCAACAAUCGAUAGGUUAGUUGAGUACAAUCCAAAUCGCUAUUCGAUCAUUGAGGAAGCAACCGAGCAAAUCACAACGACAAGGGUUCCUUCAACGACACAACCACUAACAUCAACAAGUACUGCUCAAAGUACACAAGUCACACCACAAGGAAGUUUAAAUAGUAUCAUCAACGCAUCAGCGACAAAUCAAACAAUUGGAUCAACAACAACCAAGACAAUAUCACGAAAAGGCGGCGUUAUUUUCCCAAGUGUCAAAAAUAAGCCAUCGAAGAUAAACACAACCUUCAUAUCUGAAUCUACAGGCAUAAAAGAUAUUAAAGGAUAUUCAUGCACUGAGUUGAUGAAUGCUGGAAUGCGACAAUCAGGUGUUUACUAUCUUCAGAUUCGCGGUACAACUUACUGGUUUUUGAAAGUUUUUUGUGAGCAAGAAAUUGCCGAUGGUGGAUGGACGGUGAUUCAAAGACGUGAUGAUUUUGGCGAGCCGAGAGAAAAUUUCAACCGAGAUUGGGCUGAUUACAAAAACGGAUUUGGUGAUCCAGCAAAGGAAUUCUGGAUGGGAAAUGAGAACAUUUACAUGCUUACAAACAAUGAGGACUAUGCUUUGAGAAUUGAGCUCGAGGAUUUCGAGGGUAACAAGAGAUACGCUCAAUAUUCACACUUCAAAAUUCAUUCCGAAGCUGACUAUUAUAAGCUUGAAAUUGACGGAUAUGAAGGGAAUGCUGGCGAUUCGCUCAAUGAUCCAUGGUAUGGCUCAAACAACAGUCCGUUCUCAACGUACAAUCGAGAUAAUGACAGAAGCUCAUUGAAUUGUGCCAGUAUGCUCAAGGGUGGCUGGUGGUGGAAGUCUUGCGGAAGGGGAUUAAAUGGACUUUAUCUUCACGACCCACAAGAUAUUACAGCCCGACAAGGCAUCGUUUGGUUUAGAUGGAGAGGAUGGGACUACACAUUGAAGAAGGCCACAAUGAUGAUCAAGCCUUUUGUGAAGCCGCUCAACACAGUCCCAUUGACAAAUACCUAGAUUAUUAUAUAUAUUUUUUGACCUAUAAACAUCACUAGACAAUAACACUCUACGCGUUCACACAAAAUUUUCAAGACCAUGGCUUUGAAAUUUGGAACGAAGUCUAAAUUAUUUAUUCUGUUUAUCAUCUUAGUUAUUCAUAAAUAUUUCAUGCACUUCAUCAUUCAUAAUUCAAUCUGCCAUCAUUUCUUUGUCUGCGAUGCUUCAAAACUUUAGCAAUUCAUAAACUCGCUAUUAUGUAUCUCAUAUAGAGCCUUCAUGGGAUUAUGCUAAAGCGUAAAUCACUUAAUAAAAGAAGAUGUAAAUUAUUUUUUAUAGUUAAAUGAUAUAUUUUAUGUCAAAUAUAUCCAUCAUCAAGUCCGUAAAGCCAAUCAAGCUCAUCUAUCAAGUAAAUAAUAAAUAAAAGCUUGCGGAGACGGCUAUCAAGUAGAACAAAGAUAAUGUGACUGAAUGUGUAAACACAAUCUAUUGUAAAUAUUUCAAUAUUUCAUCGAAAAGAUUUAGGCUUCACUUGCGAGCUUCCCAUCAGAUAUUUUUUUUUUAUAUUUGUAAAUAUUCAUUCGUAUGCUAACUACUUAAUAUCAAGAAUAAAAGUUUUUGUUUAAUAAACAGAAAAAAAAUUACUUACAAA